GCGGAAUGCUUUAAAUUCAUUGUGUUUCCGACAGGCUCCCCAUCCAGUGAUCAAGUGUGAAGUUGCGAAACAGGCGAAAACAGCCAAGUGCCAACAAAAAACCUACCCCAUCGUGAGUGUGAGGCGCACUGCAAACAUCGUGCCCUAGUCAAUUACUCCAAUCAAACCAGUGCCGCUGUGUAUUAAGUGAAAUCAAAAUGCCACGACGAGGACGUACUGCAUCGCCCCCACCAGCCGCCCGCAGGGCACCAAUGGCGGCUGCACCACCGGCUCCGGCCCCGAAGCAGCCCGUCGUGCAGCAGGCUGCACCGGCCGCCGUCGCCGCCCCGAUGGCCGCCCCGUCCCAGGGUCCCGGCCUGAUGGCACAGAUGGCCGCCACCGCCGGCGGUGUUGCCAUCGGAUCAGCUGUUGUAAGUGUUCGACCACCGGCGGCUCUGCCUCAUCCCAAACACAAGCACACAGCAUCGGUCUGUAACUGUCUUGUUUCUUUUUUUGCGGUACGCUUUCUUUUCCAGGGACACACGGUUGGCCACGCGCUCACGGGAAUGUUCAGCGGAUCCGACUCGAAGGAGGCGGCACCGGUUGCGGCCGCUCCGCAGCAGUACGCACCAGCCCCCGCCUACCCGCAGCAGCAGCAGCAGGCCGGCGAAACCGGUCCGUGCUCCUGGGAGAUGAAACAGUUCCUGUCCUGCGCCCAGAACCAGUCCGACCUGACGCUCUGCGAGGGAUUCAACGAGGCGUUGCGUCAGUGCAAGGUGCAACAUCAUAUGUAACUUGCUAGGACGUGAGGCGUCCCGUUUUAGCGAUCCAAUUGAAGAAAACAAAAAAGAGCUAUUUGCUUUAGAUCGUAUGGGUUUACACACAGACGCACCUUAUCGGGACGCGAAGAUGGUGUUAGUUUAAUUUAUCGCCCUUCAUCCAGCUUCGUAGAGCUGUGUGUGUGAGCAGUAUGGGGGGGGAUGGCCAGAGGGCAUUGAUUGACCAUGGUGGCGCAAACGAAAUUCCGCUGUGGCGAGCUGUUAGGAUGUGUUGUUGAUUUUCAUUUUGCCUUUAACGAAUAAACAGCCCCAACGUAGCGUGUCUACAAACACGAAACACACCUGGCCCAUUUUAUUUAUUUAUUUUGAGUUCUUGUACGGGUUACACGCGAACACGCGUCACAGAUAGAAGGAAAGUAGCAGCAAUAAAGAUGCAAAAGUAAAAACAA